GGAAAAAACUGUGUUGGUCAUGUUGGAAGAAAAGAUAAGGACGGGGCAUUUAUUGGGAAAAAAACAGAUUAUAGGAUUCUCAAGUAAAUGAACAAAAUACUAACCCCUCCCUAUGGUUCCGACGCCCCAGGCCCCCAUAUAUAGCCCCACCACCCACCAAACGAAGAAUACUCUCCGUUCUGGCCGGUGUCUUUUCAAAACUCAUUCGGACAAACAAACAAACACUUUGCCUCCACUUCGUCUCUGGAAAAGAAUUCGCCAAAAAAAAUGGCUCUAAACCUGAAAUCCCGUCUAGGUCUGAUCCAUACACUCCUCUUCUUCCUAUUUACCGUCGCGACCCCUUCGCUUUCCCUCUCUGACUCCCCCACAGUCUACGAAAUUCUCCCGCAAUUUGGGCUUCCGGGUGGGCUCUUACCCGACUCUGUCGUCAACUACACCCUUUCCUCCGAAGAUGGCCGAUUCGUCGUUGUUUUGUCGAACCCAUGCUACGUGCAGUUCGAUUACUUGGUCUACUACGACAAGACCAUCACGGGGAAGCUCAGCUACGGGUCCAUCACCCGACUCAAGGGCAUUCAGGUGCAGAGGUUCUUCUUGUGGCUUGAUGUGGACGAGAUCCGGGUCGAUUUGCCACCAUCCGAUAGUAUAUACUUUCAGGUGGGGUUCAUCAACAAAAAGCUCGACUUGGGUCAAUUCAAGACUGUCCAUUCCUGCCGCAACGAGGUGUCGGGGUCUUGCACCAAACGGAUUUUUGAGCUCCCCACUCCAGUGAAUGAAAUUGAGAUGCUAAUUACAGAAUAGGCGUCAAAGAGUAUGCCUGUCCAAUGAUAGAGUGGCACAGAAAGGUGUUGUGCAAUUAUCAACCUUGUAGUGCCAGAUGAUACAAAUAGUUACUGUUGUAGAGACAUAUCUAAAGCAGACAUGUCGUGUAUAUACUGGACGAGAUAUGAUCUGGUUAAAAAUGCAUCCUAUUUCCUCUACUUGAACUUGUACUGUAUCUGUAUGAAGUGGAUGAACGAAAUAGCUAAUAAGAUUUUACCAACUGUGCCAACAAA